AUGGAGAGGGAACUUCGUCAAGGCGACUCAUUAUCGCCGUUUUUGUUUGUUCUGGUGGUGGAUGUGCUCAACAGAAUGAUCGGGGAGGCGGUAAGGAACGGUCAAAUAUCUCCACUUUUAGUCGGUUGGGAUGAUAUUGAGUUAUCACACUUACAAUUUGUGGAUGGCACACUAUUAUUUUGUCCGCCUGAGGAGGAGACAGUGAGAAAUUAUAAGAGACUUCUGAGGUGCUUCGAGAUUAUGUCGGGAUUGAGCAUUAACUUUGAGAAGUUUAGGUGGAUACCAGUAAAUUGCAGUCAGGAGUGGACUAGUCGGAUGUGUCAGAUGCUUGGUUGCCAGGAGGCAGCCCUACCAGUGAGGUAUCUUGGUAUUAGCCUAGGAGCAAAUCCGCGGUUAGUAAAAACUUGGAAGCCGGUGAUAGAUAAGGUGGAAGAGAAGCUCAGCUUAUGGAAAGCGAAGGUCCUAAGUAAGGCUGGAAAGCUGGUACUCAUUAAGUCUGUCAUAAAUAGCCUACCAAUUUAUUACCUGAGACUGUAUAAGAUGCCAAAUACGGUUGCACGAAGAAUUAUCUCUUUGCAGAGGAGGUUCUUCUGGGGGAAGGAUGACGGAUGA